CACUUCCGUCCCUCUCCUUACCUCCAACUCCAACCCCAUCACAACUUCACUUGAGCAUCACACCAUUACAACGCAGGUGAAGUAGAACAAGCUUUUGAUCUUGUUCAUCCAUUUGCAUCGCGUUUGCACUUUUUUGCUCUCUGCGUUGGUUUACGGCAUCACGACUUAGGUCAAUUGCAUUUCACCCGACUUCACCUCACCCCAAACUCGUCCUUACCUUCCCGAUCCUACACACAUCUCGUUGUGCAAUACAACUUGGACUCCUCCUACCAUUGCAACGCGUCACAACGCCAUAGCUUGCCACGAUGUCUUCAAUUUCUUCUCCCGAGUCAUCGUAUGCCCAGGCUGGCCCGCCUCGAUCGCUUGCUAUUGAUGCCAAACACUAUCUCGAUGGGGAGCCUCCGAUGGGAUUCUUUCUCAAUGCUCCUAGUAAUGCUCACGCAAUGUUCUCGACCAAACGAGGCAAACAGCAAAAGAAAAACCUGACUGAUAUCGUUGCCCCUCGCGUGAUCUACCCUUGGUCAGCCAGACAGAUCGACGAGGUUGCCCACGACAUUCUGGCUUGCAACCGUGAAUUCCUCAAAUACCUCUACCGUCGUCAGCCGGUCUGUUACUUUGAUCUUUACAACUAUUGGGAUACCUAUGAGCUGUGGCACAUGGGUGUCCAGAACUGCUGGAAUGUUCUGAACCAUCUACAUUUCCUUGCACAGCAAGAAACUCCCGUUCUCAUCAAGAAAAUUCGUGGCUUUCUCGAAGAGUGGCUGGGUGACAUGCUCAAGGACUCUGGUCUUCGCAUUCGACUGUCCAUCUGGGACUCUACCAUUGGUAGUGAUCCCCUGAAUGACGUAUUUGAGGGCGACGAGAUUGCCGACUUGGACGGUUUGGACGCUUGGUGGACUCCUCUUGUCAACGAAGUCAUUUUCAACGCUCACAAGCAGCUUCGAGAAGGCACCUAUGUGCUUCCUGUUCCCACUACUGAUGAACCCUCCACUCCUUCCAACCUUGAAGCUAUAAAGGCCUCUGCUGAUUUAGACACACCCACCUCUGUCGAUGAGUCUGCGACUGACAACAAGGCCACCAAUGGCAUUGUAAUUGUUGAUGGAACUUGCACAACUGCCGCCAAAAGGCUGAGGGCCGAUGCUGUUGCUGCUGCUGCUGCUACCGGUAUUGAGGGUGUCGCUUCUACCACUACAUCAGAGGCCAUUAAGGAGCCGCAGGCAUCCACAGAUGCUGCCAUUUCGUCUGGCACUGAGUCGGCUGGAUCGAUUGCUCGGAUCGACAAUCCAAAAGUAACCGAUGAAGCAGAAAUUAACAAACUCCGCCCGGUUUCCGCAGUCACGACUGCAGCCCCAAACCCAAACGGUACUUGGUCUGGCCUCGCUCCGCCGGCUCCCACCAUUCGCAUCUCAAGCGCCCCAACCAUUGCAACAUCUUUCGACAAUGGUGAACCCUCCGAUAAAAAGAACGAGAGCAACGCGGGAAAUCAGAAGUCUGCAGAUGGAGACUUCCUCAUCCAACCCAAGGGACCUGACCCUGGCAUUGAGAUUUACAGUGACAACCCACCCGUGACAGACUACCGUGAGUGGGAAGGCUCACUAAAUGAUUAUCGUUGCAACCCUGACUACUUCGCGCGUACCAGCCUCCAAGCUGGACCCAUUGAGGCCAGAAAGAUAGGUAUGCCAAUGGCCAAGCCCACUUUCGCUCGCCAACCUCCAACAGCGCCCAGAGCAGAUCGCCUGGCCUUGCAGCGUGUGUCUUCGAACGAGUCGUCUUCUGGCUCCCCGGGUCCUCGAACGCACGUACCGGCCUACUAUGAGAGCCGCAACCAGUUCAAGAAGGGUGGCGCAAAUUACAAGAAUAUCUGCAACAACCACAAGUGGAAUCGCAACGUUUCUGCUUUCGACCAAGUCGGCUUUCCGGCUCAACAAUCGCAUCGCUCUGCGAAUGGGUUCAGUGGUCCUUACUACCCUUUGCAGGGGCAAGGCCAAGGCUUCGGCCAGCGCAAGCGCCAAGCUGAGCCUAAUUAUGACGGCAGUCGUCUUUCGCGACCGGACCGUCACGCCGAUUUGCAUGGUAGUGUCUGCCGACACGCCGCCGCGACCCAGAAUGCACAGUCUGGUCUUUCUCAAUCACGAAACCAGAAUGCUAACGUUUCCAACCUUGCCAACGAUGUGGCUCCUAUAAGUGGCUCCGUAAUGGGCCCCAAACCUGACUUUGUUACCAGUCCACCGUAUGCUCCCAACCAGACCAGCAAUGCAGGCCCUCGCUUCUCCUAUGACGAAAACAACCGAAGUCGUCGGGACACAGACUCGUCUAGAAGCUCGCGAACCCCUCGGUUCUCCGACUGCAAGAAUUAUGCCAAGCAUAAACAUGGUGACGGGCCCAAAGGGCGACCCGAGCACCAAACCUACGUCGAUUGCGCCUGCUUUAGAUGCAAGAAUUUGAAUCGCAGCAUCUGGGUUGGCUCCUUCGAUGAUCGAUUCACGUCCAUGCCUGAGGCCCGGAGCGCGCUGCUGCAACACUUCUCUCCCUAUGGCCCAAUUGAGGCCUACGAAGUCAAGUCUCAGGGUCGCGGCGCUCUGAUCAGAUUCCUUGAAGAGCGUUCCAUCUGGGAAGCCAUUAAGGCCAACAAUGGCAAGCCUAUUCCGGAGAUAUCGGAUCACCCGGUCAGAGUUAAUCCGCCUAUUGGAUCCAUGCACUUCGUCCCCUUCCGCCCGUUUACGAAGGGUCAGCAAAAUUCCCAAGGGCAUCAUCACCACUCGGAUCAUACCACUCCCAACGCUCAUCAACCCCAUGAAAUGCCAACCUCGUUCCCGCCUGAGGGCAAUGCCACAUCACGAAAUAUCCAGGGACCUGUCUCACAAUCACUUGCAACUAUAUUUGUGGAUCCUGUUCGCGUGGACGAUGUACUUGGCCAUCGCGGCUUCCCCACGUUGUCCACUAUUAGUGAUGUGCCGACUCAAAGUGAAGAGUCUUCUACUGAAGGUCCUGGUCAGAUGAAGCAAAAUGCAGCGUCGCCACCUCCUGUUGAGAAUGAGCAAGACCCGAUGUCCGCAAACCCUGAGCAGAAUGAGGAAGAGACCAACCCAAACCUUGUCGUCCCUACUCCAAAUGACGAUACCACAAAACCCUUUCCCAAUGAGAUGACAGGGCAAGAUGCGGACGCGCAUAUCACUACUCUUCCCAGCGACGGCCGGCACAGGCCUGCUCACGACUCAACCUUGGUGCUCAAGAAUACUGAGACAUCAGUUGUCACCCCCAAGCGAAAUGCAACUUCAAGCGAGAGGAGAAAGGGCUCGGAUUCUAAGAGUUCAAGGUCAGAUGAGCUUGUUCGCAAGAUUGAGGAGGUCUGCGCCACUGCUUCUAGACAAAGCAGUCGUUCUGGGACCCCGACCCGUACAGAAAGGCGUACUCAAAAGAGCUACGCCUCUGCUACGCCUGCAGCGAAAACUGCUGCUUCAAGUGAGAAAUCGCUUGAUCAGGGUGAGGACUUAUCUCCCCCAAGGAACGGGUUCGAUCUGAAGAAGGAGAUUGGCGGUGACAUCGCCGAUGGAACAUGCACUGUCGUCCGUCGUCCGCACAAAGCCAAAUACUUGCCUCUCACAUCGGAGAUCUGGGCUCAAAACACUUCCACGGAUGAUCAUGGUCUUACAUCAAACACUGUCCAAGGAAAGAGCAAAGAAGGUUUCAGUACUUUGAACCCGGCGGGCCACGAUCUCCACCAUCAGGGUCUCUCAAGCAAUGAUCUGAGAUCCAGUUCUGGUUCGCCGUCCAAGAAGCCAUGUGAGAAAGGCCUCUACAGCCGCCAGAAUCGAGCAGGUGACUACAAUAGCCAGAAUAACAGCAGCGUGAUUCGGAAGCAACGUGGCUUCACCAACCGCAAUGCAUAUGGAAAUCAACAAUCCGGGCCUCGAAGGAGCGUACCGCAGGAACCGUCAUUCACGUACCAUAACAUGGACUUGCAGCCCCAGUUUACCAACCCUCCAUCGAACACAAGCGCUGUCCCCAUGAGCUGGAGCCCGCAUACUCAACACUUGGGUCACCUUCAGGAGGAUUACGACAAUCGUGUUCGGAUGAUUCCAUCAUACUAUGGCCCCGGCAUGAUGCCAAUGUAUAUGGCGCCACUAGUGCCGAUGGGUCACCAAGACGUUCCUGCAGUUGGCUUUCGAACGGCCAGUGCCCCAAUCCAACAGAACAAUGCCAUGACUCCUGCCAACGUGAAUAGCUCCCCAGUUCGCCAGAAUGAAGUUUUGGCUCCUUCCGAGAUGAGCAGGCCCCUUGUUCAUAAGAGUAAGGCUAUGCCUCCUUCGAGCGUGAAUACCUCUCCGGUUCACACAAACGAUGCUACGGCGCCUCACAGCACAAACAAUUCAACCCCGGUUCAUCCUUCAGCACUAGAAAAGGACGGUUGUCCUGAGCCAUUCCCAACAUACCGCGACCCCAUCAUGUAUCCUCCAAGUCCAACGCCUAAAGGUCAAUCCCACUCUGCUCAAGUUACUACUAUGAUUGGAGAUGCCAAAGGCAAAUCUGGUAAUGUCGCUGACAUGAAGACCAAACUGAAUCCAUGUGCUGCCGUCUUUGAAUCGCCAACGCAUCCAGCAAGGACAAAACAGCCAAGCAAGGGUGACGGACUCGCGGAUGCCUGCAGCCAAGCAGCCUCGACGCCUUCCAAGGAGCAGGACAACAGAGCUAUUUCUCAUAACGCGGUGGGCGCCUCGUCGUUCAUCCCGUUAUUGCCACCCCCUCAUGAUGUCAGUGACACAAGCUCCCACACCUUGUCUGCGGAUGAGCAAAGUGUCCAUGAGAGGCAAGAAAAGAGUGGAGAGGUCAAGCAUGAUGUGGCCAAACAAGAGCCUCCCAAGCAUGAACCGAUUAAGCAUAACGUACACCGACGUUCUCAGUCUGACAUUACCCCUUCAUCGACAGCAACGAGCUUUGGUGUGAACCAGUGCAACAAGGAGAAGGAUGGCAAGAAACCUGCGAAGAAGAACAGAAACAAUGGCCCCAGCAAUAAGUCUUCUGGUGACGACACAACAGAUGCCAACAGCGGCCCCAAGUUACGCAAGCCGAGCCGUAAGUACACAUCACAGGCACAGAAACGAAGAGACAACGUCCCGAGCCAUUUAGAGAACAAACAUGACCAAACCCAGAGCCCCCAAGAACCGUCACCGAAGGUUGGUCGCCCGGAUAAUUACGACGAAGAAUUUCCUGCUCUGGGAUUCAAAGAUGACGGUGCCCAGCCGGGACCGACAGAACCAGUAACUCGUUUCUUCCGAAAGCCCAAUCGAGUCUCCACUGCCACAAUGUCAAACUCGGCGAUGUCCACAGAGGAUGAGGUGCCUGGUGCUGCCAAUCGAGAAUCCUCGCCGACAAAGGUUGAUGAGAAGCCCGGGGCAACUGAGAAGACCUCGUCUAGCGAUGCUCCUGAAGCGGCUCAACCAGGCGCUUACAUGCAGACGGACACUAACAACAAGCUUUCUGGCAAGCACAACCGUAACAAAUCGGCCUGCAAAUCUCCGAAGAAGGGCAAGGGGAAGCAGACAGCUAAGAAGAGAGCGCAUGAUACACAAGCUGCAAUUGCUUCCACCUUGGCUUCUACGGCUAGUGUCGUUGACAGCAGCAAAGGCAAGCUCUCCAUGACAGAUUUGUCUUCAAACAACCCUCAAUCUGAGGCCCCUUCUUCCACCGCCCCCAGUCCUUCCAAGACAAAGAAGAACAAGAAGAAGUCUUCUGGCAAUAACUCACAAGUCCUACUUUCCUCACAGGAACAACAGCACCUUGCUGAAAGUAUAAGAUAG